AUGACUGCAACAGCAAGUUUAACAUUAACUAAUUCCGAUUCAAAAAAACAAUCGACUCAAACAGACGAAAAAUACUUGACAUUUUUUACACAUAGCGGUUUUCAGAAUCAAUUAAUUCAAGUUGAAAAUGGCAUAUUGUUAGCUUGGUAUUUAAAUCGGACACUGAUUUUACCCAAAGCUCUAUUGGGUGAAGCAUUUGGCUGGAAUCCAUUUUAUCGACUCGAAUUACAUCAUAAAGUACGCGAUACAGCCAAUAACGAUUGUAAACAAUUUAAAGAUAAAAAAUCUCGAAAGUUAGCAUCCUGCCCUGAUCCUUUAAAAUACACAUUGGCUUCCUUUGAUGAUUUAUUUGAUUUAUCUUGGGCUAAAAGACAUAUCAAUAUUAUUGAGCGUGAACAAAGUGAUUUUGAUUGGCUUCAAACUCGAUUUGGAAUUAAAAGAGAUAUUUUAAAUUCAAAAAAUAAGAGUCAACAACAAGCAACUGGCGUCUAUAUUGAUAGAGAUAUUUUAUUUUUCAAAGAUAAAACAAGAUAUGAUUGGAGAAUAUAUGAUGUUCCUGUAAAGAAUCCAUUUUUGGGAAAAUAUACUGCAAGUCUUGAUGUCUCUCAGUUAAAAAAUUAUUCACAAAAGUUAAUCCAUUUUACAAGCUUGUUUGGUACAGGUAAAUUUCCUAUAAAAAAGUCUGAGAAUAUUGAAUUUUUCAAGUCACUUCAAAAAAGUAUGACCUAUAAACAUCCUGCUGUUUUGAAGAUUACAGAUGUUGUAGUCGAAUUACUGGGAGGUGCUGGUAAUUAUGUGGGUGUUCAUCUAAGGACAGCUGACGGAUUAUUUGUAAAAGAGUUACCCGAAAAUAUUCAGUAUGUUAUAAAUCAUAUUAGCACUCUUUCUUUUUCAUCUAAAGAUAAUUUAUCCAAUUAUAAUCAUUAUUCACUUUCAGAAUGUGUUUUACUUGCAAAAGCGAAUCAAACCACCUUAGUUUUCCUGGCAACUGAUGCUAUUCGAUCAAGAAUGGAUAAGCGAUUUCACCAUCUUUGGUCUCAUUUACCAUGUACAUUUACACUGGAUGAAAUAUUAGAAGCCAAUAACCCUAUAUGGAGUCAUAUGGAUAAAUAUCGUACAUCACAUACAGGUGAAAGUAUGCGAAAAUAUCUUAUACCUUUAGUGGAUGCCCUUGUUGCAAGUAAAGGUGUAAAGUUUGUAGGAACUAAAGGUUCUACUUUUUCUGGAUAUAUUCAUAGACUACAUCAAAAUUACUGGUCUAGUACAUAA